CUGGAACGUAGGCACAGCCAUGCCCCCGAAUGAUGUGACAUCCCUGCUGCACCUCAACACAGGCGAGACAAACGAUGUGGACAUGAUCGCCAUUGGGUAAGACGGCUGCAGGAGGUGAACUCCAAGAUAAACAAGCGCCUGAAGGAUGCCCUCUUCACAGAUCAGUGGAGCGAGCUCUUCAUGGAUGUGCUGAGUCCCUUCCAUUUCAUCCUGGUCAGCACGGUGCGGAUGCAAGGUGUUAUCCUGCUGGUGUUUGCCAAGUACUACCACCUGCCCUUUCUGCAGGACAUCCAGACAGAUUGUACCAGGACGGGGCUAGGGGGCUACUGGGGCAACAAGGGUGGGGUGAGUGUUCGUCUCUCCAUCUUCGGCCACAUGGUCUGCUUCCUGAACUGCCACCUGCCAGCGCACCUGGAGAAGGCGGAGCAGCGCAAGGAGGACUUUGCCACCAUACUGCACAUGCAGCAAUUUGAGGGGCGUGUGGCCAACGGCAUCCUGGACCACGACCUUGUGUUCUGGUUUGGGGACCUCAAUUUCCGCAUUGAGAGCCUGGACAUCUGCUUUGUGAAGUAUGCCAUUGACAGCAACGUCCUGAGCCAGCUCUGGGAGAAGGACCAGCUGAACAUUGCCAAAAGCACCUGGCCUGUUCUGAGAGGCUUUCAGGAGGGACCCCUGAACUUCCCACCCACCUUUAAAUUUGAUGUUGGCACCAACAAGUACGACAGCAGUGCCAAGAAGCGAAAACCUGCCUGGACUGACCGCAUCCUGUGGAAGAUCAAAUCCCCCAGCAAAGGGCUGGGGGCAGGCAGGCACCGGCCCAGCCAGGGCGUGCUGUCGGUGAGCCAACUCUGCUACUGCAGCCACAUGGAGUACACCGUCAGCGACCACAAGCCAGUAGCUGCCAUCUUUGCUGUGCAGUUCGCUUCCAAGGUGGACAAGCCCCCGGUUGAGAUUUAUGUGGCUGACGAGUGGAGCAGGCCUGAGCAAGCAGUUGUCAGGUACAAGAUGGCUGUUGGCUUCCACCGGAGCUCCUGGGACUGGAUAGGACUCUACCGGGUAGGCUUUCGGCACCCUAAAGACUACGUGUCCUAUGUCUGGGCUAGGAGUGAUGAUGGGGAGCGCUGCCUAGAGAAGCAGCUCUGUGCACAGGUGAUGUUCUCUGAGGAAGCGCUGCCCAAGGGGAACGGCGAGUACAUCCUUGGAUACUACAGCAACACCUGCAGCAGCAUUGCUGGUGUGACUGAGCCCUUCCAGAUCUCCCUGCCUAGAUCAGAGGAGGGCAGCAGCCCCACGGACAGCUCAGGCAGCAGCUCAGAAGAGGAUGACAGUACACUUGUCCUGUUGGCCCCCAAAUCCCGGAGCCCCAGCCCGGGCAAGAUGAAACGGCACCGGAGCCGAAGCCCAAGCCUGGCCAAGUUCCAGGGUCUCAUCCUGCGGCCAUCAAGCCGGGACAGGGGAACGAGCCGCAGCCCCUCGCCCCAGAGCCGCCGCGGCCUCCCCAGGGAUAUCCCCACCAUCCAUGUGCCCCAGGAAGAGCUGGGGUGCUGUGGAGCCAAAGGCAAGGAGCUGAGGCAGGCAGCUGACAGCCUGGAGAGCAGCUCUUUCUACCAGACUGUACAGGAGCGGGGUGGCCCCCAGCAUGUCUCCACUGACAGCCCGCUGGCCAGGGCUGACCCUCGGAACCUGGGCCUGCUGCCUGCACUCCGCCUGGAGAUGAUUGACAAGGCUCUGGGCUGGCGGCAAGAGAAUGUGGAUCAGGGCUAUUAUCCCUGCCGGAGGAUGAGCCCCACCAGCCCCCCAGGCUGUGGCACAUCCCCAAAAGAGGGCUGCAGCCCCCAGGAACUGGACAGCCAUAGCUGUGCCAUGGGCCGCUGAUGCAGUGGCCCCCUUCCUCCUCCCCGUAGCGCGCUCGCUGUGUGCUUUCCUCUGCCACUUUCCUGCUAAGACACCCCCUCCCUUAUUUAUUGCAGUGACUCCUCACCCCUGUUGUGUGCCUGGCAGGUAGGGGUACUUCCCUCUACUCCCCUCAGCCCAAGCUGCUCCCCAGGGCAGGGCUGGGAGGUGACCCAGGGGAGGGUGGGCAAAGCUGGUCUAGCACAGUUUGGGGAGACCCUCAUGAGCUUCCACAUGCAGGAUUCUUAAGUCCCAUGACAGGAGUGCUGGCCUUGCACCCAAGGUGGCAGGGGAGGCCAAGGCAGGGCUCUGGCAGGAAUGGUGAUGGGCACAGAGCGAGGACCAUCCCAGGGUACCCCAGAGAUCAAAGCUUGCUCCUUCCCUGCUCUACCACUGUGCCUCAGCCUGGACAUAGUGCAAGCAACAAAAUAAACGAUCCUGUCCACUCCA